AGGAUGGUUGAAUUCCGAUCAUAUUGACACUAUUUUGUAUUUCAUACGAAAAAGACGGUUUGAUAAUGAGAAGAUGUUCACCAACACCUGUGCCAUAUUAGACGUGUUAUUUUGGUCAUCCAUCAAAGGGCGUUAUCCCAUAUGGAGCGCAUCUCGUAGCACAUAUUCAUGUGAUGCGACCCUUUGUAACUAUGUGCGUGGGAGGUCACCCAAACCUAGCGUGUCGUGGCGAAUAUGUGAUUAUGUGUACAUCCCUGUCAACAAUGGAGGCGCGCAUUGGUUGGCAGCAUGUGUGGACUUGAAGGCCCGGCAUAUUGAUUUAUACGAUCCAAAUAUGGGAAAUAAAUAUGUCCAGAAUAGAGAGUUGAAGAAUGCGGAAUGCCUUACGUAUAUGCUGCCUUACCUAUUGAGGGAUGGGGGAUAUUACGGGAAGAAUCCGGACAUGUCUCCCACUUUAGAUCCAUUCACGAUGACCAUGAUCAAAGAUGCACCCCGCCAAGAUAAUGGGGGUGAUUGUGGCGUCUACGCUCUGAAAUUUAUUGAGUACAUGAGUAGUGAGGAGAACCCUUCAUUUGGUCCGCAAGACAUUAUGUUUUUUAGAAAAAAAUAUGCUGUUGAUUUGUACUUUAAUAAACUUUCAAUGUAGAUCGUAUGUUUAAUGUUAUGACGGUCUAUACUAAUGUUAUACUAAUGUUAUCUUAA